AUCUGUUGUCAACAUAUCCGGAUCAGGCUCAUAUGAUAAGGACACGUGUUGGUGCUGCUUAGGCGUUACUAUGUCUAUAGGCUGCUCCGAAAUUAAUGUCAGGGACGACGCCCAAUUCAGUUACGAAGAUUUAUCCCAUAAAUGUCCCCAAAAAUCAACAAUAGAAUUACUACUCCCUCUGUUCCUAAAUGAUCUAUGUUUUGGAAAAAAUAUUUGUUUCAAAAAGAUGUAUAUUCUAUGUUUUCUAUGAAAAAAUUGCAAACUUUAAGAAAAUUAAUUGGUUUUAUUAGAUUACUAUUGGUUAAAAGUUGUUGAAAAUUGAAAAUUACAGAAAACAAUAAAUUUAUUAUAGUGAUUUAAUGAUUUUUCUUAAUAUGUGUGAAAACUCUAAAAAGUCUAUCUUUUAGGAACGGAUGGAGUAUAAAAUAUACUAGUAUUAUUUAGUAAUAUAAUAUUAAAGAUAUUUUUGUAGAAUUUAUGUGAGAAAUGCUAAAACGGCUAUGUUGGAAGUAAAUGAGAGUGAACAAAGAGUGAGUACUUCAUUAAUAGCAAGGUCUCUAGGAGUCACGUUUGAUGGCAGGUAGGACUUUGAUGAUGGUGAGUUUAUACAUAUUAAUACAGAUAAUAUGUGUGUGCAUGCCAGUGUAUUGCCAGAAUAUGAAUUGAGAAAUAAAGCAAAACAGUAUGAAGAUUGAAAAUUAAUUGAUAAGGAUCAAAGAAUGUGAAAGCCUUUGAAAAGUAAAGGAUGAAUAAAAAAUGAGGAUGAAUCAUGUGAAUCUAACACUAUUUCAUUUAAUGUUACUGUCACUCUCUUAUAUAUAUCUUCGUCGAUCUUCAACUCUACACUUCAUCGUAUCUUCAUAACAACAUUUUCAAAGGAGUUUUUUAUAUGAGAACCUGAAUCAUAACUAAAUGAAAUCUGCAUCUUUGUUCGUGUUCCUUCUUCUUCUUCUCCAUCUCUUUAUUAGUACUAAUAGUUUCCGAGUCGACCUCUUUAAUGAUGUGGCAAGCGGGUCAAGCAUACCGGACUGCACGAACGCCUGUGGACCAUGUAGACCAUGCAAGCUCGUUGUGGUUACUUCCACGUGCUCUUCCUCCGAGGCUUGCCCUGUCGUUUACAAGUGCUUGUGCAAAGGCAAAUUCUAUCACGUGCCUUCCAACGCCUAACCCCUUCCUCACAUCACGUGACCAGUUUGUUUUAACAUUUUUAAGACAGCUUAAGAGAUAGUACUUAGAUUGUCUGUUGUUGCUUUCCCAAGUUCUUGUAUCAAUUUAACGUGUAGUUAAGUUGUAAUAAAACGGAUAAUAAAUAUUAGAUUAUUGGUUUA